CCGUUUUGAGUGCACUUUGUGUCGUUUGUGUAUCCCGGUGCGAGGAAAGAUCGGAGAGCGCAUGCUGCUCUCGCAGGCUUUGCCAAAGAGUUGAGCAGUUCGUCCCGAUCAUCCGUUUUACAUUGUGCAUUCGUCCAGCGAUCGCUCGUAGGAGCCUGCGCACCACACGGAACACAAGUUGGAUUUGCCCCGCAACAUUAUGAUUGACAUCACAUCACUUGGAAAGCCCAUCGCAAAGUGAUUUGUUGGACGAUUCCUCGAGCAUGGGUGAGAAAGGAAACACACAGACGAGCUUCCGAGGCGUGCGGAGCAGCAAGUUCCGUCACGUGUUCGGCAGCCCGGCGCGCAAGGGCCAGUGCUACGAGUGCGUCAAGAUCACCAAGGACGCGCACGACAGCCACUUCUGCGCUGUCAACCCCAAAUUCAUCGCCAUCGUUACCGAGACAGCCGGAGGAGGAUCGUUCCUCGUGCUGCCCGUCGAACACACUGGCAGGGUCGAGGUAUCUGCCGGCAAGGUAGCGGGCCACAAAGGACCCGUGCUCGACCUGAAAUGGAACCCCUUCAACGACAACGUCAUCGCUUCCUGCUCGGACGACUGCACUGUGAAGAUCUGGUACAUUCCCGAGGAAGGCCUUCCUCGCAACUCGAGCCUGGUGGAUCCGCUGGUGGACCUGCGGGGACAUCGGAGGCGCGUCGGAUACGUCGAGUGGCACCCCACAGCCGAGAACAUCCUGCUCAGCGCAGGAUUCGACCACUUGAUCCUGGUGUGGGAUGUGAGCCACGGUGAAGUGGUGCGCACCAUUGACUGCCACCCUGACUCAAUCCACUCCAUGUCAUUCAACCGCGACGGCAGCCUGCUGGCGACGACCUGCAAGGACAAGAAACUGCGAAUCAUUGACCCCAGGGCAAGCAGCGUUAUUCGGGAAGGAGUCUGUCACCAGGGGUCCAAGGCGUCCAAGGUGGUCUUUCUUGGCGACACCGGCCGCCUCUUCACAACUGGUUUCUCGAGAUUCAGUGACAGGCAAUGGGCAGUCUGGUCUCAGCAUGAUCUGUCCAAGCCUCUGCGCACCGAGAACAUUGAUUCCUCGUCAGGUGUCCUGUUUCCAUACUACGACCAUGACACUAAGAUGGUCUACAUUGCUGGCAAGGGUGACGGUAACAUCCGCUACUAUGAGCUGGUGAACGAGGCCCCCUGGUGCCACUACCUGAACCAGUUCCUGACUGGCUGUCCCCAGCGAGGGCUGGGCUGCAUGCCCAAGCGAGGCCUCGACGUACGCAGCUGCGAGGUCUUCCGCUUCUACAAGCUGCACGCCACCCGAGGGCUCUGCGAACCCAUCUCCAUGAUCGUGCCCCGAAAGUCGGAACAGUUCCAAGACGACCUCUUCCCAGACACAGCAGCACCGACACCAGCCUUAACAGCAGAGGAGUGGCUCAGUGGAAAGAACAGGAACCCGAUAUUGAUUUCCAUGAAGACUGGUGCAGGUGCGCGUACCCACAAGCCGGUGAUGUACAACUCGGAACGGAACCUCAUCACGGCCGACCGAAACAACGAGCGAAAGUUCAUGUUCAUCUCUCAAACGAACAACGUGGACUACCGAGAGAAAGCGAAUCACGCCAACAACAACAACAACCACCACGAAAAGAACAACCACGACUUGCCACAGCACAACAACGCAGUCAAUGGAAACUCUGGCCAGCACCCGCAUCCGACGAUGAUCGUCGGUGGUAGCGGCCCUUCCCCGCUGAAGCGACACCAGGGUCAGCACUUCGGGUGGCGUCACGUGAGCGCACCACGGUCACAGCCGGAACAGCCCGUCUGCGAUGUGGUCUCGAGCCACACCCUGCCGGUGGCCACGUUUGUCACCAUCCAGGACCACGACAGCAGCUCCAGCGAGCCCGAGUUGGAUGGUGAAGUGCCUCAGUCCGAAGAGGAGUUGCGCAAGGCCUUCAGGAACCAAAGUGCAGAGCUGCGGCGGCUGCGAAACCAGCUGGCCAGCAAGGACAAGAAAAUCCAAGAACUGGAGAGCCAGCUCCAAUUACAGGCACACAAUGGCGGCUGCUAGGAGGCGCCACCUGUGCCAGGCCACGAAGCAAUGCCACGUGUGCACGGAAGACUGUACAAAGCCUCCCAUCUUGGAAGCAGUUUCUCACAACAAGCUAAAAUGCUGCCCACUAUGUCCUUCGCAGGCUGCCUUCCUUGUAAACACAGGCCUUAGAUAAAACAAGCUGUGCAAUGCUCUUUGUGCAGGGAACUACCGCUUGCGCUUUGCGAGGCAUCCACGUUAACUGGGGUGGUACGUGGCCUUCUAGAAUGCAGCGCUCGUUCUUUGCCCGACGUUGGAUGAUAAACUCAUUCAAGCCCACCAGCAAUGUCUGGCUCGCAUAUGUGCAAUCUGCUCGCGCCGUAUAAGAGCUAUGUUGAAGGUUAAGCGAGCCGGUACGGCACCUCGAUGAGAGAUGGCGCAAAAGACCACGACACAUGAGGUACACACACACCGCACUUUGCGAGUGCAUGCUUGAAAACGCUUAUCGUCCUGUGUCCUGCAAUUUCUGUGCCACCACUCGUCAAGGCAUUAGUGCGAAGCCUCAGAUAGGCAUUGCGCGAGUGCAUAGCUGCCGUCACGAAAUGUAGGCGUGCGAAUCUGUUAAGAAUGUUGUUUUGUUUCCUUUUGGGCGCUAGUGAACACGGGAAAUAAUACCGUGAGCAUAACAAGCUAUACACUAUAGAGGAAAAAGAGUUCAACUGGUUAAAACUUAACUUCAACACCAUUGCUGGAGCUCUACGUAUACUGAGCUACUAUAUUUUGUCAAUAUUCCAUUUUUUGUCGCGGUGUACAGUUGUGUGUGCCAGUAUUGUUUUGUAUAAACAUGUUAAUGCUAAGUCAGCAGUGCUGUUAAGAGCUGCAUGAAAUGUGCUCGAUUGAUGGUUGAUUUUUUUUUUCUUCGGCAGACCACGGUCUAUUACGAAAUUUCUAUGCAACUUCCUUUGGCUUGGCAAAUAAAAGCUUCUCCAAAUGGG